AUGCUAAAAAGUCAUCAGCAGAUCAUUGUGGAUUUGCAACAAAAACUCGCUGAACAGCAGCACGUAUUGAUUAACCAGCAACGGGAAAUUCUUGAACAGCAAAGAAAAAUGUAUGAGCAAAUGGAUUUAAUCAAAGUUCAGUAUGGCAUGCUUUUUGACACAGUGAAACAAAUGUCAUUUCAGAGUUUGCAAGAAGAUAUUCAAAACUAUUUUGAAAGUCAUCUUCAAGGACUUCAGAACCAAGUCAGAAAUCAUCUCCAGAAGUCAUACUCUGUCCAUAAAGUAGAAGUGGAUGCAAAAGUGAUUAAUGUUGGGGAGUCUUUGUUGGACUGUGGUCUUUGUGAAAGUGAUGAAUUUUGCAAUUUCCAAAAGACACCUUCACAGUGUGAAAAAUGCACCUUGUGUCCCGCUGGAUUUUUCCAAAUGGCCGAGUGUUCUGCAAACUCUGAUCGGAUUUGUCAGGACAGAGAUGAAUGCACUGACUCUCCAAGCAUUUGUGGUGAAAGGAUAAAAUGCCUGAAUACACCAGGUGAAAGUGGUGUCAAAAUCAAAGAUAUUAUUCCUAAUGGAGAAGCACAGCUGUCAAUUCCCAUCUGCUGCACGAGGCUAGCUAUCUGA